AUGUUUGCAGCAGUCUAUACAGAGCCAGUUACUGAAACAUCGCAGUUAACAACUCUGCCAAUAAACAAACGAAUCGAAGAACUGAAGCAAAAACACCAACCAAAUAUUCAGCUACGACGGGUUCCUUUUGCUUCAGUAGUUGAUACAGAGGAUAGUGAAGAUAAUGUAAAUUAUGAAAGUGAGCAAAGUAGAGAUUUUGUAAUUACUCCUAUAGUGAGUACUGAUCGAAAAAAGACAAAAUAUAAAGCUACAGAGACAACAGCUUUCAAAAGUACCCCAAAAAGUAAAACAGGCAAAGGUCACACGACACAGAGCCACGCAUUGCAUUCCAAUUUAAACGCGUCAUUAAGUAAAAUCAAAAAGAAACAUUUGGCUAAACCAGCUGAGGUAUUUUAUAGGCGUUAUGAGGAUGAAGAAACUAGAGACGAAAAAUGGAAAUGGGCUCAUUGUCAAGAUAUGGUUACGCCGUUCCUGACUGGUAUAAAGAAAGAAACGAAUGAAUUGAAGAGGUUGUCCAUUCGAGACCCUACCGUCUUAAAGUAUGAGUAUAUAAAUAUAUAA